UUCCGGUUGCCGUUACUUCCGGGUUCACCCGCCCGCCGCGGCGGCCGGCGGGAUUCUCGCGCUCCGCAGCCGCCGGGGACCAGAUGGAGCCGGUUCCGGAGACGGACCCCGCGGUGCAUUCUGGGAAGGAGGAGGAGGGGGGAGGGGCCCCCCUGGCCACGCCCACCCCCCACAGCAGCCUCGCGGGGGUGGGGGGAGGGGCGGGGGGCCCCUUCGACCCCCCCCGAGCGGCCGCCGCCCUCCUGGGCCGCUCCUUCGCCGCCCGCCGGGCCGUGGGGGGGGCGGCAGCCGCCGCCAUGAACCUGCCCCCCCAGCAGCGGCUCUACCGGGGGCUGGUCAGCCUGGCCGUGCCCCUCCCCCCACCCGGGCCGCGCAGGGCGGGUGCCCCUCCCCCACCCAAGGUUCCGGGUCCAGCGCUGGCGGCGUUGGGGGAGGGGCGGGGGGGAGGGGCGCCCUGGCUGCCCCCCCCUCCCCUCCUCGGCCCCCCCCCGGCCCCUCCCCCACCCCCCCCGGCGCCACCUUCCUCAUGUUCCGCAAACUGCAGCAGUGGGGGGAGGGGCUCCCCUAAUUACCCCACUGCCCUAAUUACCCCCCCCAAUAAAUCCUCAUUUCUAACCCCUCUGGGGGGGGGGAAGGGGUGUUUGUGUGGGUCACGUGGGGUGGGCGGGGUCUCGCGUGAGGCCCCUCCCACUUUUGGAGGAGCGUCCCAUCAUCCUUUGCGGGGUGUGUGUUCCAAACUACAACUCCCAGCAUCCCCUGCGGGGGGCUCCGCCUCCCCAUCACCGUGGAAACGGGACAAACCAUCGCGGGGGGGGGGGGGGGCGGACACGGACACCGUAGACAGUACCACUUGGGGGGGGGACGGACAUGGACAGUGA